AGCUCAUUUAUUGUCCGAAUAUCGAGAAUACGCAAGAUCUCUCUAUGAUUUUUAAAAUAUGGCAAAUAUAGGAAAUAUCGCCAAAAUUUCGGUAGAAAAACACGACAGUAAAGAACAGUUUCUGUACGAUUUAGACAAAUCUAAAUCACUUUGUGAAGUGAUCAGGGAUAUUUGCAAGAACAGUGGUUUGCCACAGUCUACGGUCUACGGACUCAAAUUGGUCCGCACCAAUAACGAUCCUGCAAUUAGCUCCUACAUUUGCGAAACAAACUACAAGAAUGUCCAACACACCGAUUGCCUCAAGAUAGUGUUCUCUAUCAAAUAUUUAUUGAAAAACAGAAUACUUCCACAUAUCAACAAUGAACCAAGCGAUAUUGAAAGGGUGAUUUGUUAUGAUGAUCUGAAUAAAUUAGCGGCUGAUCCUGCUUUUAUUGAGGAACUAGUGUAUUCAAAAAACCACUAUCGAUUGAUUCAGACCUUCAUCGCAGAUGACAGUUUAAAUGAUAUUGAAAUUCGUGCUCUUUUACUGACAAUCUGCCAUUUGUUACGAAAAAACUACGUUGUCGAUACAAAACAGGAUUUUCUAGACAAAACCAUACAAAUAAUCAAAAAGAACGAAAAUCAUACCGAACCACCACCAGAUUAUGUCCCGUAUGCUUUGUCAGUUUUGCAAAAAAUUCUCGUUCAACGAGAUAUGACUUUUCACGAAUGGAAAGAAAAGAUAAUCAAGAAAGUUCCUGUCACCACUCUAAUUCCUUACAUCCAAUAUAAAAACACGAAGAAUCUACAAUACACCGUCCUCCUCCUCAUCAACACCAUCAUAAAACUGUGCAGAGGUGAUCAAAAGAAACACAUCAUCAAAGAAAUGAAUCUCAACAAAAAUCGAGAGCAAAUCUACAAAUUCAUCAUCGAACAAGGAAACUUGGAUAAGAAUAUGGAGCACGAGUUAUAUGUUAUUCAAACAUAUUUGAUGAGUUUACAUGAAGAGGCGCUGAAGAAGGAAGUUCAUCUCAAUGAUGAGAGUGCGUUUGAAAAGGAAGAGUUCGAAUUGCCCGAAGAGGACAUCAAAAGACUGACAUUACUCAUGGAUUUCGAUGAAAUGGAUCUUCCCAAUAGGAGCAACUCGUUAGAGACACUUUUGAGCCAUGACACAAACGAAAGGUUAUCUUUGGUAUCACUGAUGAGCGAUAAAAGCAUCCAAUCAAGGUCAUCAGUCAGAUCGAGUAGAGCCAGUAGUGAUAUGGGUUAUGAUAAUUUCACCAUGAACUAUUUGACACUGGAUGCUCUAAGACAUUUCAAAAAUAAUCAUAAGAAGAAUUUCCUCCAAUCACAAAUCGAAGAAAAAGUGUAUGAACCAGGAAUUUUCAUUACAAGUGAAAGAGUAGUGAGGAUGCUUGCUGAUAUGUUAGAUAUUGGGGUCGAUCCACCGGACCCAAAAAGCGUAUUUUACCAUCCCAUCGUCUUCACUACUUCACCUAGACAACCAUUUUUCCUGGAACUAUUCUCCAGAUCUAUGUGGUUGUUAUCAAGAACUAGAAGAGAAAUGAAAGUUUCUACUAUCGAAGACUAUCCCAAAGUUAUGCAAGUUUUACGGAAGCAAAUUAAAAUGGUUUUAGAUACAAAACCCAAGGAUAUUAAACAACUGACGAACGAGAUGAAAGAAACAACGUUCGAUACUGUUUUGCAACAAUGGCAGAAUGAAAACGACGAAAAAAUGAGCGAUCUGUUGAAUAACAAUAAGGAUAUCGAAAUGCUGAAAACAAAGUAUGCCCUAGAAAACGACCAAUACGUUAGGGAAAACAGGUUGAAUAAACUCAAGGCAGGCGAAUAUUUCCCGAAAAUAUCCGAAAAGUUUCAGAAAACUAAUCGCCAAAUAUUUGUCCAGCUGAGUAAAAAUGAACGAGAACUGAAUUUAUUCGAUGUAAUAGACAAGAAGAAAGGAGAACUAGAGAAAAUGGAAAGUUUGAAAGUUGCAGAUAUUACACAUAUUGCUGUUGGGAUGAAUUGCAGACAUUCGAAUUUAAGCAAGUUCCCUGCCUUGGUAUUCUCAAUAAUCUUCAAUCACUCUGAGAAACAAGUGAACUUCAUAGCACAGGAUCAGAAGACGGCUUCUUGUUGGAUAGACGGUUUCAACAUAUUAGCAGGUUACUCAAAGAGAAGCGAUUACUACAACAAAGAAUUGGACGUGUUGGUUGAAAUGGACGUGAGAUUACAGAUAAUCGAGUUGCAGAAUAUUCCUUUGCCGAAUACACCUCCCCCACCAAUCCCCCCACUUCCAAAACCCCUUGUCCCUCCCAGACCUCCAGCUUUAGCUAACCGAAGGAAAAACACGAGAAUAAACAAGAGGGCCAUGUAGAAAAAUUAUCAAUAAACAUUUCAAGCAUA